UUCCUCCUCCUCCAAUACCAAUUGACCUCCACCCCGACAUCUCCCAAACUUUACCAAUUCCAAUCACCGCAAAAAUGGGCGACAUCCCUACCGAGCAGUGGGCCCAAGUUGUCGAGAAGACCGGCGGACCAGUCGUCUACAAGAAAAUUCCCGUCCAGAAGCCUGGCCCAGAUGAGGUGCUUGUCAACAUCAAGUACUCCGGCGUCUGCCACACAGACUUGCACGCCGUCAAUGGUGACUGGCCACUGCCCACAAAACUCCCACUCGUCGGUGGUCAUGAGGGUGCCGGUGUUGUUGUAGCCAAAGGCGACUUGGUGCAAGAUAUUGAAAUCGGUGACUAUGCCGGCGUGAAAUGGAUCAACGGCUCCUGCCUCGCCUGCGACUUCUGCCAACAAUCCGACGAACCCCUCUGCAGCAAGGCUCUCCUCUCCGGCUACACCGUCGACGGCUCCUUCCAGCAAUACUGCAUCGCCAAGGGCGCCCACGUCGCUCGCAUCCCAAAGGAGUGCAAGUUGGACGAAAUUUCGCCCAUCCUUUGCGCUGGCAUCACCGUCUACAAGGGCUUGAAGGAGUCAGGUGCGAAGCCAGGCCAAACCGUCGCUAUCGUUGGUGCGGGCGGUGGUCUGGGAUCGCUGGCGCAGCAGUACGCUCGCGCCAUGGGUCUCCGGACGAUUGCGAUCGACACUGGUGAUGACAAGAAGAAGAUGUGCUUGGAGCAACUCGGCUCGUACGCCUUUGUCGACUUUGCGCAGUCGCAGAAUGUGGUCAAGGAUGUCCAGGCCGCUACUGAGGAUGGUCUUGGUCCACAUGCUGUCAUCCUUGUGGCUGUCAACGAGAAGCCGUUCCAGCAGGCUGCUGAGUACGUCCGCCCUCGCGGCACAGUCGUCUGCAUCGGUCUACCCGCUGGUGCAUUCCUCAAGGCUCCCGUCUUCGAGUCGGUCAUCAAGAUGGUCACCAUCAAGGGCUCCUACGUCGGCAACCGCAAAGACUCCUCGGAAGCCAUCGAGUUCUACCGCCGCGGCCUCAUCAAGGCGCCGUUCAAGACGGUCGGUCUGUCGGAGCUGCAGAGUGUGUAUGAUUUGAUGCAGAAGGGCGCUAUCGCUGGGCGAUACGUUGUGGACACCUCGAAGUAA